UCGUCUAAAAUGGCGGCUGAGGUCAGUGCUCCUUCUCAGGGUGAGCUCGAAGAGGAUUUUCUCGAAGAAAGGUUGUCGAAACCUAUCAUUUACUCACCUGAAGUGGAAGAAGCUAUUUCGCAGGUGUUUAAGAGUGAUGAUCCACUGGACAGUAAAGAUUUUAACCCAGUGGACUAUAUAAAUUCCAUUUUUCCAACUGAACAGUCCCUUGCCAAUAUAGAUGAUGUUGUCAAUAAGAUGAGACUGAGAAUCAGGGGUCUUGAUGAAGAAAUUAGAACAGUUGUCAGAGGACAGACUAACAUUGGCCAUGAAGGAAGACAGGCACUUGAUGAAGCUCAACAGGCAAUUCAACAGUUGUUUGCAAAAAUCAUUGACAUCAAAGAAAAAGCAGAUAAAUCAGAACAAAUGGUGAAAGAAAUAACAAGAGAUAUCAAGCAGCUAGAUCAUGCAAAGCGACAUUUGACAAGCUCCAUUACAACUCUUAAUCACCUCCAUAUGCUAGUGGGCGGAGUUGACUCUCUGAUGACUUUAACCAGAAAGAGACAGUAUGGAGAGGUAGCCAAUCUUUUACAAGGAGUUGUCAAUGUUUUGGAACAUUUCAAAAAGUACUUCGGGAUUGCACAAAUACGGCAACUAGCAGACAAGGUGAAACAAAUACAAAGUGAACUUGGCACACAGAUAUUGGCAGAUUUUGAAGAGGCUUUAUCUGUGAAAGGGGUUAAGCCACCAGCAGGACCUAACUCACAACUAGCUGAGGCAUGUCAAGUGGUAAAUGUUUUGGAUCCUAAAGUAAAGAAUGAGUUGCUCACAUGGUUUGUCAAACUUCAACUUGCAGAAUAUCAGCAGCUUUUCAAUGAGUCAUUUGAAGUUGCAUGGCUUGAUAAAAUUGACCGCCGGUAUUCCUGGUUGAAGAGAGCGCUGGUUAAGUUUGAUGAAGACUUUCAGGGGACAUUUCCAUUUGAAUGGCUUGUGGAGGAGAGAAUCAGUGAAGAAUUCUGUAAAAUUACCAAGAAAGAUUUGUCAAAAAUUAUGACAGUAAGAGUACAAGAACUUGAUGUCAAGCUGUUGUUGUUUGCCAUCCAAAGAACAACAACCUUUGAAAGUUUAUUGGCUCAGAGGUUUGUUCAGCAUGGCUAUGAGGAGAAAGGAGAACCAAAGGAGAAAGGAGACAAGCCAAAACAGUCCAAGUUCUUAGGAAUUAUUUCAAGAUGCUUUGAGCCACAUCUUCAUAUUUACAUUGAAUCACAAGAUAAAAACCUAUCAGAAUUGAUGGAUAGGUUUGUUCAAGAUUUCAAGUCCCAGGGCAUCCCUAUGGUGGAAGGAGAUGGAAGUAACGUUGUAUUUCCCAGCGCCGGUGAACUGUUUGUGUUUUACAAAAAGUGUAUGGUACAAUGCUCUCAGCUCAGCACCGGGCCCCCUCUGCUCUCGCUCACUGCAGCAUUCCAGAAGUUUCUUAGAGAGUAUGCUACCAGAGUACUCAAUAACCAUCUCCCAGUAAAGAGCACAGGUGGCUUGGCUAGCAUCUUGAACAAUACUGGUGAAGUGAAAUUCAGCAAAGAAGAGCAAAGUUUGACUUGUUGUAUUCUUUGUACAGCUGAUUAUUGUCUGGAAACAACUCAACAGUUGGAGGAGAAGUUAAAGGAGAAAGUGGAUCCUGAGUUAGCGGAGAAAAUUGACCUCAAUGGGGAACAAGAUGUAUUCCAUAGCGUCAUUUCAAACUGUAUCCAGCUGCUUGUACAGGACUUGGAGAAUGCUUGCGAUGCGCCCUUGACAGCAUUGAUAAAGGUCAAUUGGCAGAGCGUAGAGGCUGUGGGAGACGAGAGCUCAUACGUGACAGCCAUUUCCAAUCACCUGAAGGAAGCCGUACCACUCUUACGCGAUUACCUGUCCUCAGCAAGAAAAUACUUUACUCAAUUUUGCGUAAAGUUUGUCAAUUCUUUCAUUCCACGGUUCAUCAGCAAUUUGUACAAAUGCAAACCAAUCAGUACAGUUGGUGCUGAGCAGCUGUUACUGGACACUCACUCUCUCAAAACAAUUCUCCUCGAUCUCCCUUCCAUCGGCUCCAAAGUGCAAAGGAAGCCUCCAGCAAGUCAAUGUUCUCUGCCAAAAGUAGUUAUGUCCCCACACGAUCCUGCGGUUGGAUUUGUGGACAAUUAUAUAAAGUUACUUGCAGAUACAGAUACUUCCAACUUCCAAAAACUACUGGACAUGAAGGGUUUAAAACGCAGCGAACAACACAGCAUGCUGGACCUAUUCCGCUCUCGUCUCCCCUCCCCUCCGGCAGGUAGUGCACCCGGGGAGUCUACGACCGUUCCGUCCCACACCGCAACCGAGCAGGAGUCGAGUAGAAUAAAGAAACUUGAGAGACUGAUCAAAAAGCCGUUCUAGACCGACACGUUAUGCUAUUUCCUUAGUGAAGAAAAGUACGCGCGGGCUACACGCCUUGGAUGCUUCUAUCAAACUUACUCAGUUGGCGCGUAAAAUGUAGGUUUUUUUCGUGAUGAACUUGAUACGGAACUAACAAAGAUAUUUUUAUUGAUAAUGAUAUUGUUAAUGAUAGUUUUAAUGGACCCUUUCUCUAAUGGGGAGAAUUGAUGGGGGCUUACUAAAAAAAAAAAAAAAAAGUUUUGGUGUAUGUUGCUUCUCACGAGAUAUGUUAAAGUGAGAUUUAAGAAAUUAUUCCUUUUAACCAUUCUGAAUGAUUACAGCAACACGAAUCAGCUGUAUUGUCGCUACCACAUGUUCGUAAAGCAUCGCAAAAGCAUGUGACUUAACGAAACAAAUUGUUUCUGGUACUUCGAUUGGAAUUGUUCAAAGUGGCGGGAAAAUAUAAGGGCCGCUUAUUUACACGAGGUCUAACCAAAACCACGGUUAUAACGCAGUCUGUGAGCCUCAGGCUUUCUCUAUAAGAGAAUUUAUUUCAUUAAAUUAAUGUCUUUUCACUGUUAGCUUUCGCCCUUCUUGACGCUGUUCACAAUAAUAAAUGUUCAGAUAAAUGG